AGAGAGGCGCUUUUGCGCGGAAACACCGAGCAGCAACAUUUUCAAUAUUUAGAAACUCAUAACGUUAGUCGUUUUAAAAAACAACAAAGUAGGCCUUUGCCACCUAGUUUAGAGUAUUUUAUUUAUAUUUUCUCCAUACGCUUCAGAAUUUUGUGCUGGUUGCUUUUAUUAUGCUGCGUAUGUCCUAGGUAGUGUGUUUAGGGCCUCCACGAGGUCGGACCCGCUUGAUUUGAUUGUCAAGUUUUGGGAAUUUAAGUCCAAAAUGUCCAGCUUUAACUUCGGCACAAGUACCCUCGGGUCCAGCGCCACCGGCGGGGGCUUCUCAUUUGGAGCUGCGACCAGCACACCUGCUGCAGGCACGGGUGGAUUCACACUCGGAGGAGGUUUUGGCACGCCGUCCUCCGCACCGGCCGCAACUAGUACCACCUCCACACUGGGAUUUGGGUCCAGUGUAUUUGCACAGAAACCAACAACUGGAUUCUCAUUUAACACACCUGCCUCAGGGGCUGCUCCUUCCACUACUGGCCUUACUUUAGGGAGUCUUACCACCUCGACUGCUGGAUCCACUGGGUUCAGCCUGGGCUUCGGAAAGCCAGCGGCCUCUGCUGCACCAUUCUCACUGACCACCACCACCUCUGCACCUCCAGGCACAGGCCUGACUCUUGGCUCCGUCCUCACCUCCACAGCACCUCAGACCAGCUCCACUGGCUUCUCCCUUAACUUGGGAGGAGCAACCACCACUUCAUCUGCACCUGCCCCGGGUUUUUCCUUUAGUUCCAGUCUCUUUUCCAAUCCUACCUUGACAGGGUUGGGACAGUCUACAUUAGGUGGAGCUCUGAGUCUGGGUGGUUUAGUCUCUUCCUCUGUCGCAGCCACCUCUGUCCCAGCACCCAGUCUCGGCCUGGGUGGAGUGGACUUCAGCACUUCCUCUGAAAAGAAUACUGACAAGUUAUCCAGCACCAGACCUGAGGACAGUAAAGCCCUCAAAGAGGAAAACCUCCCUGGUCCGAUCUGUCAAGAUGUGGAUAACUUUCAGAAGUUUGUCAAGGAACAGAAGCAAGUCCAGGAAGAGAUCAGCAGAAUGUCCUCUAAAGCCAUUCUCAAAGUGCAGGAGGACAUCAAGACGCUCAGACAGCUCCUCUCUGUCUGUGCCAGCGGGCUGCAGAGAAAUUCGCUGUCCAUAGACAAACUGAAGUUGGAAACUUCUCAGGAAUUGAAGAAUGCUGAUAUCGCACUUCGCACCCAGAAGACCCCUCCUGGACUCCAACAUGAAAACACAGCACCGUCUGAUUAUUUCCGGUCUCUGGUGGAGCAAUUUGAGGUGCAGUUACAGCAGUACCGUCAGCAGAUCGAAGAACUCGAGAAUCAUCUGACCACCCAGAGCAGUGGCUCCCACAUCACACCUCAAGAUUUGUCCUUGGCCAUGCAGAGACUCUACCAGACGUUUGUUGCACUUGCUGCACAGUUGCAUGCAGUUCAUGAGAAUGUUAAGACUCUCAAACAUCAGUACCUGGGCUACAGACGAGCCUUCCUCGAUGACUCCUCUGACGUGUUCGAGUCGAAGCGUGUCGCCGGCAAGAAAUGGCAGAGCUCUCCGCACGUCACCACAGGCCCCGCCCCCUUCGGCAGCGUUCCCAACGCAGCAGCCGUUGCCAUGGCUGCCACUCUCACUCAGCAGCAGCAGCCGGCUCAAGGACCUCAGGCGCCCUUGGGGGCCAGUUUUGGCACUCCAUUUUCCUCGGGUAUUGGCACUAGCAUGGGCUCAUCAAGCCUCGGAGCAUUUGGUAGCGGCCCUGGGUUUGGGGGCGCAACAGGAGGUUUGUCGUUCGGGUUUUCCUCUAGCAAGCCAUCUGGAGGGAGCCUGAGCGCAGGGUUUGGAACAUCUAACACCUCGGGCUUCAACUUCAGUAACCCAGGCAUCAAUGCAUCGGCUGGGUUGACCUUUGGCGUUUCCAACACACAAACUCCUGGAUUUGGGGCAGGUGGGCCACUGCUACAGCUUAAAAAACCACCAGCGGGAAACAAGAGGGGCAAGAGAUAAAACAGCAAGUUGUUGUGGGGUAAAGGGAAAUGUCACGAGGUAAAGAUGAUGUGUCUCUCAGAUCUUUAUUUUUAUAUAUGCGUGUGUGUGCAUACAUGUUUUCUCUGUUGAAUGCCAUUAAAGGAUUUGUUCGGCUCUCCCUUUUACCCUAGUGACUGUGCUGUGUUCUCGUUUACUGUUUUCCGAUGAAUUGCAUAAGAGCUAACAGAUGCACAAAACACCCGUGAAGGAAUUUUGAUGUAGAUGCUCUUGGUAUUGAAGAUACUUUUGAACUAAGUUUACCUGUGUCCGUGGCUUUAUUUUAAACCACAUGCGCUGUGAUUGUAAAUGUCAACCCAUUCUAUUAAGAUGACCUAUGUAAUCGGUUUCCUGGUUAAUUGUACCAAAUAGAUGUCAACCUGUAUAAGAAUGUUAAAUUUGUAUACCCCAUUUUUGUUUUUGUCUUUGUUACCAAAUAGUGAAAAAAAAAAAUCUAUACUUAAGCAGACUUUGUGCAAACAUGUAAUUUUUCGACAAGUUUGUGUUAUUAAAAGAAGCGACAAUUA